AUGCCUGCGGCUAAGGAAGCCAGGCCGUGGCGUCGAUUUGACAACAGAUCCAAGGCUGGCUGUCUUCUUUGCCGCGAGCGUAAGAAAAAGUGUGAUGAGGGGAGACCCUCGUGUUCAAGUUGCGUACGACGACACAGUGAGUGCACCUGGCCGGAACAGACCCAGGGAGGCAGUUAUUGGGAUGGCUUUUCGGCGGUAAGUUCAUGA